GUCGCGUUCGUACAACGACCACGAUCUUUCUUUGAUUGUGUUGUAGUUGCCGGGUUGAUCCAUUACUUCAUGUUGAGCGCUUGGGGGUGGAUGGUGGUGGAAUGCGUUACUAUGUACAGAAUGUUCGUACGAGUGUUUCACGCCAUCGGGUCCAACUACGUUCUCAAGUCAGGGUUGGCCGUUUACGUAACAUCGGGGUUGGUGUUCGGGGUCACUAUCGGGGUGACUAGGGGUUAUUUUGACAACAAGGACUACGGGGGUUGGUUGCCUGAGAAACUUGAUGAGAACCCGUCCUACUACAUAAGCCCUCAGAUAUGCUGGCUUCAUGGUUCAGCACUAAGGUUCGGUUUCAUGCUCCCCAUCGCGCUUUGUUUCCUCACCAAUUGCAUCGGAUUCUUCUUCGUUACUCGAGCUAUAACGUGGGGGGGAACUAAGAUUGCAUCCACACAAAGCAAACGAAGGGAGGGAAAACAACAUUUGAUACGAAUUGUUACGAUUACUUUCCUACUUGGUCUAACUUGGUUCUUCGCGAUCCCCAUAACUGUAUCAACCGAUCAAUAUGUGGUGAACGUGUUUAGCUGGAUAUUUACAAUCGCUAACACUGCACAGGGGGUUGGUAUGUUCUUUCUAUUCUGUGUACGCAGAGAGGACGUGUUUAAGUUGUGGACCGGAUCGAUUAAACAAUUAUUCAAGAAAACUUCAAAAACUAAAGAUUCAACAAUAUUCACUGGUAGCAACAUGAAAAGUACAGCAGGAAGCGAUCAAAUGGAGUCCACGAAAAGUUUCGACCAACGGGUUAUUCCGUCGAGCGAGCAUGAGGUGGACGUGACAGGGAUUAGGUCGUCAACCUUUCACCCCAAGAGAACCAAUGAAGAAGAAGAAGUAAUGUGAGACAACAACCAAAGGUCAUUCAUUGUAUAUUACGUCAUUAUUUAUUCUGUGUUUAAUUAUCAUCAUGCUAUCUCAAGAAAUCAUCAAUUUGCAUUUGUUUAAUAAUAUGUCACUACUUUUGCUUGAAAAUUGUAUCGUUGCAAAUGAAAAACAGCAUAAAUAGACUAUUAAAUAAAUGAGAUUACUUUGUCUAU